AUGUCGGGCGGUGUGGAAAGGGUCUGCCACCGAUGUAUCGCAAGAAUCGCCAGCAAUGCUUGCUUUAUCUUUGGUCUGCUGGCCUUCCUUGCUCUGCCUCUCACAAUGGCUUUUGUCGGAAUGAAGUUCCUGGAGAGCUGCCCCAUCCAGCCACUGAUCCCCUUGUAUCUGCUGGUGGGAGGAAUUAUCGGCAGUCUGAAGGUCUCCCUCCUCCUCUACGACUCCACCAAGAUGAGGCACCUCCUCAACAAGUCGGUGAUGAUCGGCGAUGAUGAUGAUGACGAGUAUCCGUGGCGACAGAAUCUUCACCGCUACUACAUCCACGUCACUCUCAGCCUCUUCCUCUUCGUCUGGUUCAUCCUCGGCAACUACUGGGUCUUCUCCCAGUUUCUCCCCAACUUCAUCCCACCCUUCCACCGGCCACAGGACUACUGCGACAAGACAGUGUACGUGUUCUCUGUUGCAGUCCUGGCCAUCAGCCACAUGGUCCUGGCCCUUCUCAUUCUCUGCACUUGCUGCAUCUACUCUUUCUCAAGAGCAGGCGAGGAUGCAGAGGAGGAGGAGGAGUGA